CCUCUCCAACACCUACACUACACUGGUGCCUGCCCUCCCGGAGGAGAGGACUGCUGCGCUGCGGUUUCCAUCCAUCCAUCAUCGCAAGCACGCGCGCGGGAGACCGGGGGACUCCUCCCUCCCCAGUCCCCACCGAUGGCGGCGAUCACCGCGCUGCUGCUCCCUCCUCCUGCCACCUCCUACCGCCUCCACCGCGCGCCUCUCAUCCGCCUUGCCUCCUCCUCCUCCUCCUCCUUCUCCCACUUCCGCCCCUCUUCCUCCCGCCGCCCAUCCUCCUCCUCCUUCUCCGGGGCCGGCAGCGGUGACGGGGGCGAGAUCCUCCACGUCUCGCCGCCCGCCGCGCCCCCGGGGGCCCCCGUCUACGUCACGCUCCCCGCCGACGCCGUCGGCCCGGGGAGCCGCGUGGCGCGGCGCCGCGCCAUGGCGGCCUCGCUCGCGGCGCUCGCCAGCGCCGGGGUCGCGGGCGUCACCGUGGAGCUCUGGUGGGGCGUCGUCGAACGACAGGGGCCCGGGGAGUACGACUGGGCCGGGUAUCUUGAGCUCGCCGCCAUGGCGCGCCGCUACGGGCUCCGCGUCCGCGCCAUCCUCGCCUUCCACCAGUGCGGGGCCGGGCCGCAAGACCCGCUCUGGAUCCCUCUUCCGCAAUGGGUGCUUGAGGAGAUGGAUAAGUUUCCAGACUUGUCAUAUACUGAUAAAUACCAACGGAGAAACAAAGAAUACAUCUCAUUGGGGUGUGAUGUUCUUCCUGUUCUGAAAGGAAGAUCACCUAUGCAAGCUUACUCAGACUUCAUGAGGAGUUUCCGCAAUAAUUUUGAAUAUUACCUUGGGGGCACAGUAACAGAAGUUCAAAUUGGAAUGGGCCCAGGAGGUGAGCUUAGAUAUCCAUCAUGCCCAACUGAGAAGCUAAAUCAGUCUGGCAGCUCAUAUGAAUUUGGGGAAUUUCAGUGUUAUGACAAGUUUAUGCAAGCAUCAUUGAGUGCUCGUGCACAGAUUCUUGGGUUGCAAGAGUGGGGGAAUGGCGGUCCAACUGGCACAGAUGGCUCGCAGCAGAACCUUGAAGAAACUAGUUUUUUUCGCGCUGAUGGAGGAUGUUGGGAUACACCUUAUGGUCGUUUUUUCCUUGAGUGGUAUUCGGGAAUGCUUCUCCUCCAUGGGGAGAGGUUAUGCAUGAUAGCUGAUGCAAUUUUCUCUGGUACUGGUGUGACCAUAUCAGGAAAGGUUGCUGGCAUACAUUGGCACUAUUAUACUUGUUCACACCCAUCUGAACUGACAGCUGGCUACUAUAAUACACUAUUGAGAGAUGGUUAUCUUCCUAUCGCUCAGAUGUUUGCUAGAUACAAAGCUGCACUGUGUUGUGGUUGUUUUGACCUGAGAGACGCAGAAAGAACUGAUUCAGAGAGCAGUCCAGAAGGGACUCUCCGUCAGCUCGUAGGAGCUGCUCAAAUGUGCAACCUUCCUCUGAAUGGUGAAAAUUCUGUGACAAGGCUGGACGACACAUCACUGACUCAAGUCAUAAGAAGCUCAAGGCUAUACUCAAGUCGUGCUUCAGGAACAUCUUUUUCCUUCAACUAUGUUAGGAUGAACAAUAGAUUUUUUGAGUUCCACAAUUGGAGUCGAUUUACCAAGUUUGUUAGGCAGAUGUCAGAUGCCAGGACCUUUCUAGCAAGACUAGACUUCAGGAGAGGGCAGCGAUACCUGUCUUCCAUGUCAGUUGUUUGGGUAGUUAGUCGGGCAUGUGCAUAUACAUGAAAAUUAUCAAAGUGAUUGGAAUCAUCAUGCGCCUGUAAUUUCAAAAAUAAAUGAUUCGAUAACAUGGAAGGAAAAGUUCCGCUCGGUAAAUGGCUCAUUUUUUUGUUGCCAGAAGGGCAGGAAAGGUGUUGCUGCUGACCAAAUCUUGAAGGUCUAUGCUGUAAAGUGGUAGUCAGUAUAGUUGUUGUCAACAAUGUUUGAUCUUUCCAAGAUAAUAUUUUUAUGCUAUAACAUGCCCUGGUGAAUAUUGUGUAGUA